UGCGUUAACCCAUUUUAGCCACGUGCAAAAAUUAAAGUCAACAGCACUUUCUAGCGCGAUCUCUCCCUCUAACCACACGCGCAAGCGCACAACUGCCACCCGCACGCCCAAAAACUCAAGGCAGGCCUAUCUAAGACAUAUAUAAACCCAUACAAAGCUGAAAAAAAAAUACCAGAUUACCCUCUUCCAUACUUCACCAUCAUGGCAGACAACGCAGUAACAUCUACCGACACUGGCUCCAGUCCCAGAGAACACAAUUCUGCCGGCGGGCCAAAGGCUAUCAUCAAGAACGUGGAUAUGACUGAAGAGAUGCAGCAAGAAAGCGUUGAGAUCGCAUCUGCUGCUCUCGAGAAAUAUAACAUAGAGAAGGACAUCGCUGCACAGAUCAAAAAAGAGUUCGACAGACGACAUGGCCCUACGUGGCACGUUGUUGUCGGAAAGAACUUUGGCAGCUACGUAACUCAUGAAACCAAGCACUUUAUCUAUUUCUACGUCGGAUCGCUUGCUAUCCUCAUCUGGAAGUCAUGAAACAACUGUAGAUUCACGUUGGAUAGAUCAAUUACGGACAGACACGCCUCACCACUUUUCACCACGUGUAUUGUACAUUUCACUGGAUCCGCAUUUGCCUCGCACACCAACCGUCCUGUAAUGUCUCCGCUUUUCGUGUACAGACUGUUCAUUACCGUUACUUUCGUGGAAGAUCACCCUUUGAAACGAACACUGGCUGAUGAGUCCCUAGUCCGCAAUAUCUGGGAGCCAAGACAUACACA